GCGAUUUCCUCGAUCGUGUGCACUUCAGGGAGAAGAGGAGCGCGACCAGCGACUUGUUCGAAGGAUUUCCAUGGAAUAGCUAUUCACGAUGACCAAUAUGAAGUUUUUUCGCGUCAUCCUGGCGCUCCUGGGAGGCACGCACGCUUUGUACGCACAACCAUCGGCGUCUCCAACUGUGAAAACCGGUGGUUCUAGUAUCGCCAGCGUAGUAGCAGGUAGCAAACCGACGAGAUCCUGGGACAAACCUCAAUUCGACGAUAUUGCACCGCGAAAUAUCACUGCCAUCGUCGGUCAGACGGCGGAGCUGAAUUGUUAUGUCAAGCAUCCGGGGGACCGUGUGCUUGGAAAGAAAAGUUGCAAGGAGCAGGUUUCUCACUACAACAGCAAAGCUUGUAGAUGGAACAGCUGGCUUGAUUGUAAAAUGGAUCGGAAGUGA